CCCGGGAGGUCGGCGGGGCUGCGGGCGGACGGGGGUGAAGAGCGGCCGGCGAGGCGGUGGUCGCGGGGCAGCCCGGGCGUCGUUCGGCCGGGACGUGUCUGGCUCGGCGCCGCGUCAGGUUGCGCCAGUGGAGUCGGAUCCCAGCGCGCCUCUCCCAGCUGCAGAGCUGCGGGGCGGAGAGGCGGCCCACUCUAAGCUGGCGGCGCGGCUCAGGGGCGCGGCUGGGCGCGCCGCGUGUGGCCCGGGGGCGCCGUGUGUGGCGCCGGCGCGCAGCGCGGUCUCACUCCACCACCCUCCGCUCCUGCCCUUUGUCGCCAAGCAUCUGGAGAAGCCGGGUCCUUCCCUCCCGGGCUCGCGCUGUCCCCUGCGCGCGAUCCUUCCCCGACGGUGAACCCAACGGGAAAGGCCCAGAACUGCGCGGGGCUGCGGCCAUCUGCUCUCGAGCCGCUCCGCGUGUCUCUGCCGCCCCCUGCGGCCGCCAGGGCCUGCGCCUCUCUAGCUCCCGUGCCUCGGCUCCCAGAGAUUGAACCCCAGGUAACCGGGUCUGUCCACGCCUGCGGCCGCCUCUCCCCGGGUGUCGCCAGCUUCCUGCAUUUCCUGUGCAUGGCACGGAGCUCGGGUCUCCAGAGACUCUGCAUCUGGGGUGCAGCGACCGAUGAGCCCGUAAACCAGUCGCACACUCGGAGCGUGGAUGCUGCGUGGGGUGCGCUGUCAGCGCGGACAGGCUGGGAGAACAAGGGGUCGCUGGGGACAGGGAGAGCCGGUGAACUUCCCAGAACGUCCGCCUAGCCAGACCCAGCUGCGGGUACUGGGGUUCGAGACGUGGUCCAGUACCCAGGGACUCAGUCUGACAGGGAGACAGCGCAGUGAGCCCAGUACUGAGGGAAGACCCGCUGGGAGGGGCGGCCUGGAUAGCCCCUCCACAGAGAGGUCAGAUGUGAGGUGGCCUUGAGGGAGGUAUGAUGUAAAUCCUGAUCAUUCGUUGUAUUUGAGGCUGUCCAUUCUCCUGUGCCUCCUCGGUCGCCUUACCUGGAUCUGUUCCCAUUGCCUUGGUGUGAUUUUAUCCACCGGAAACUGUCUUCAGCUAUUUCCCCAGUAACCUCUAACUAAAAACCUGGGUCUUGCCUGGUCUACCCUCCCCUGCUGAACUCCAGAGCCACAUCCCAACUGCUGCCAGACUUGCCACAGACACCAUGAAUCCCAGACUGAAGGAGCACUGGCCCCCUUGACAAUUCCUCAGCCCCAGCUCCUCCUUUCAGACUGGUGCCUCCACCUGCCAGACCCCUAGCUUUGAAGGCCAAUCUCAUCUUCGUCUCCUUCCUCUCUGGCUCCUUCAUUCAGGUGACAAGUAUACAUCAAAUGCCCACCCCAACUCCCCCUCCCAGGACUCCAAUCUGGUGUCUUUCUAGCGGGGAGUCUAGGUUGCUCCCUCUGCUCUGGAGAGGCUUGGCAAAAUGCCUGCAGAGCUCCUUGAGCUCCACCUCUGAACUCCCUUUCAGCAGCCGGCACAGGCGUAGCAGCCCAGCCCACAGGUGCCACUGCCACUGAGGCAGGGACCCCUAAGAUAGGGCUACCCCCAGCCACAGGGGCUGGCUGGACUGCAAGAGGCUCCCUGCAGCCAGGCAAGUAUGAAAAUACCUUGUUGUUUUGUGCUGAGGCCCCCCAAAACACACCAAAGCAGCUGGGCCCUCUUGGCAUGGUAGGUUCUGCAAAGCACCCACUGUGAGGAGCCUGCGUGAACAUCAACCUGAUAGGGCCACCAGUGCAAAAGCAUCUUCAACAAGUUACAGUCAAUAAGGAAACACAUGUGUAGACACAUUUUUAUUGCCCAUUCAAGCUGUUUUUAUUUGCUGAAUUCAGAAUCCUUUAACAUAGUAACUCACAAAUAAGAUAGAUUUUCAUAGAUUUUCAAGACCUCUUUUGAGGAAACAUCUUGUAUUUGGUGAUCCCCAUCUGUAGCUGCAGCAAGCCAAAAUGGGCAGGAUGGGUGACAUGAGCUAGUGCUCCCAAGCUGGACUCAGAAAGAAUAGGAAGAGAAAGGGCUAAUGUCUGAGCAGUCGGGUGGGCUUCCUAGAUGAGGUGACUGUCCUCCCAGGAGCUGCUACUCAGAGUAGUUUCUUGUCCUCCUAAAGUUUAGAGUGGAAAUACUUUGCAAAAGAGGUCCCCAACCCUAAGUGUGAGGGCUAAGCUCCUGGGCUUAGUAGGCAUAUACAAAUGCCCCCAGGUGGGUGACAUCAAGAUGUUCUGGUCCUAGGUCUGCUGAGAGCCUCUCCUGGGAAUGUUGUAGGUACUGCCUUUCCCUUUUAGGAAACACCAUAUCCUCCUACCACUAACCCCUAUCCUUGCCCUAACCAGCAAUCUGUAACAUCCUGGGCCUCAGGGUCGUGGGUGGAGGGUGACUCUGAGCUCCAGAUAAGUGUCUAGGAGGCUCAAAUAAGCCUGCUUUUUGGUCCUCACCCUAGCCGUGGGCCACCCUACUCUGCACUCCCUACCAAGCAGCUCAGAGAAUGCAGGCCAGCCCCCGAAAGUCUCCAUAGUUCAUAGGGAGCCCCAAACCUCAACACUGCCCUUUCCCAAGCCUCAAAAUUUCUCUUACCCUGACCCAGGCACACCCACUCAACUCUUACCCUUGAUCCCCCUCCCAGGACCAGAAGGGAUUGAUUUCUGGUGAGUCUUGCCCCAAGCUGUGCUUGCCUGCUCUGUUCGUACGUAAUAUUGCAUGAGGAACCUGGCCAGUGUCUAUGGUGGCAAGUGCUUCACCCAUUCUGUCCUCUUCCCCAGAAAAGACUAAUAGGGAGGGAAGAAGGGUGCGCAGAAACUAAGGAACUCUAUUCCUUCUCUACCAAGGCCACCCCUACAUCUACUCCCUGCAAAUCUGUUAUUUCCCUUGACAUUCAGCAAAUAUUUGGGGUUUUGUUUUGUUUUGUUUUGUUUUGAGACAGAGCCUCACUUUGUCGCCAGGCUGGAGUGCAGUGGCGCGAUCUUGGCUCACUACAACUUCCGCCUCCCGGGUUCAAGCGAUUCUUCUGCCUCAGCCUCCCGAGUAGCUGGGACUACAGGCGUGUGCCACCACGCCCAGCUAAUUUUUGGACCCACGCAGCCAGCCAGCCUCAGCACUCAUCUGCACAGCCAUGGAGGCCCUGGGACCUGGGGGCGACCGCGCCUCCCCGGCCUCGUCCACUAGCGGCCUGGACCUGUGGCAUCUGUCCAUGCGCGCGGACUCGGCCUACAGCUCUUUCUCCGCAGCCUCCGGCGGCCCUGAGCCGCGCACGCAGUCGCCGGGGACAGACCUCCUUCCUUACCUAGACUGGGACUACGUGCGUGUGGUUUGGGGCGGCCCGGGCCCCGCCCCGCCCGACGCUGCCCUUUGCACAUCCCCGCGGCCCCGGCCCGCGGUUGCAGCCCGCAGUGGGCCGCAGUCAACAGAGGUCCCGGGGACCCCGGGACCACUGAACAGGCAGGCCACCCCGCUGCUGUACGCGCUGGCGGCCGAGGCGGAGGCCGCGGCGCAGGCUGCCGAGCCGCCCAGCCCGCCGGCCUCGAGGGCCGCCUACCGCCAGCGGCUUCAGGGCGCGCAGCGGCGAGUGCUCCGGGAGACGUCGUUCCAGCGCAAGGAGCUCCGCAUGAGCCUGCCCGCCCGUCUGCGGCCCACUGUCCCAGCGCGGCCCCCGGCGACUCACCCGCGCUCCGCCUCGCUCAGCCACCCGGGCGGGGAGGGGGAGCCGGCGCGCUCCCGGGCUCCCGCGCCAGGAACUGCCGGCCGGGGUCCCCUCGCCAACCAGCAGCGGAAGUGGUGCUUCUCAGAGCCAGGAAAGCUGGAUCGUGUGGGUUGGGGCGGUGGGCCGGCGGGGGAAUGCCUGGGUGAGGCCUGCUCCGGCUCUGGCUUCCCUGGGCCCGAGCCCUUGGAGUUCCAGCAUCCGGCGCUGGCUAAGUUUGAAGAUCACCAGGUCGGAUGGCUGCCCGAGACGCAACCCCAAGGCUCCAUGAACCUGGACUCCGGGUCCUUGAAGCUCGGUGAUGCCUUCAGGCCCGCCAGUCGGAGUCAGAGCGCUUCAGGCGAAGUCUUGGGUUCCUGGGGAGGAUCAGGAGGGACCAUACCCAUUGUCCAGGCUGUUCCCCAAGGAGCAGAAACCCCCAGACCAUUGUUUCAGACCAAACUUUCCAGGUUCUUGCCUCAGAAAGAGGCUGCGGUGAUGUAUCCUGCAGAGUUACCCCAGAGCAGCCCUGCCGAACAGAGGGUCUCAGAGACCUGCAUUGUGCCUGCCUGGCUCCCCUCCCUUCCUGAUGAAGUGUUCCUAGAAGAGGCCCCACUGGUCAGAAUGAGAUCACCACCAGACCCCCAUGCCUCCCAGGGGCCCCCAGCCAGUGUCCAUGCCUCUGACCAGCCGUAUGGAACUGGCUUAGGCCAAAGAACUGGCCAGGCUACAGUCCCCCCAGAGUACCCGCUCCAUGAGUGUCCAGGAACUGCAGGGGCAGAUGACUGCUGGCAGGGGGUGAAUGGUUCUGUAGGUAUUUCCAGGCCCACAAGCCACACCCCCACUGGGACUGCAAAUGAUAACAUCCCAACUAUUGACCCCACUGGACUGACCACCAAUCCCCCCACAGCUGCAGAGAGUGACCUCCUCAAACCUCUCCCAGCUGAUGCCUUGGGACUUUCAGGCAAUGAUACUCCAGGUCCCUCUCACAAUACUGCCCUAGCCAGGGGCACUGGCCAGCCUGGUUCCAGGCCCACAUGGCCUAGUCAGUGCCUCGAGGAGCUGGUUCAGGAGCUGGCCAGAUUAGAUCCCUCUCUAUGUGACCCUCUUGCUUCCCAGCCCAGCCCAGAGCCACCCCUGGGCCUGCUGGAUGGACUGAUUCCUUUAGCAGAGGUCCGGGCUGCAAUGCGGCCUGCCUGUGGGGAGGCUGGAGAGGAGGCUGCCAGUACUUUUGAGCCAGGGUCCUGUCAGUUCAGCUUCACCCAGCUCCUGCCAGCUCCUCAGGAGGAGACAAGGCUUGAAAACCCUGCCACCCACCCUGUGCUUGACCAGCCAUGUGGGCAGGGGCUCUCUGCACCAAACAACAGCAUCCAGGACAAGAAAGUGGAGCUGGCCGCCCGCCUCCAAAAGAUGCUUCACGACCUUCACACGGAGCAGGAGCGGCUGCAGGGGGAGGCACAAGCGUGGGCCAGGCGCCAAGCGGCUCUGGAGGCUGCAGUGCGCCAGGCCUGUGCCCCUCAAGAGCUGGAGCGGUUCAGCCGGUUUAUGGCCGACUUAGAGCGCGUGCUUGGCCUUCUGCUGCUGCUGGGCAGUCGCCUGGCGCGCGUGCGCCGCGCCCUGGCCCGGGCGGCCUCAGACAGCGACCCUGAUGAGCAGGCCUCCCUGCUGCAGCGACUCCGGCUCCUGCAGCGGCAGGAGGAGGACGCCAAGGAGCUGAAGGAGCACGUAGCGCGGCGCGAGCGGGCCGUGCGGGAGGUGCUGGUGCGAGCACUACCGGUGGAGGAGCUGCGCGUCUAUUGCGCCCUGCUGGCGGGCAAGGCCGCCGUCCUGGCCCAGCAGCGCAGCCUGGACGAGCGCAUCCGCCUCCUUCAGGACCAACUGGACGCCAUCAGGGACGACCUUGGCCAUCAUGCCCCGUCUCCCAGCCCGGCGCGGUCCCCAGGGACCUGUCCUCCAGUUCAGCCGCCCUUCCCUCUUCUCCUUACAUAGUUAUAGGUGGAGAGGGUGGGGUACACCGCCCCUACCUCUCACCCACGUAAGUGGGGUGAUGCUGAUUUAGUCUCUGCUUUUCCCUUGAGGGACUGGGGAGGACCCAGUCCAGGCCUUUCUAAGAUACUCCUCCAGGCGGGCGCGGUGGCUCACGCCUGUAAUCCCAGCACUUUGGGAGGCCGAGGCGGGCGGAUCACAAGGUCAGGAGAUCGAGACCAUCCUGGCUAACACGGUGAGACCCCGUCUCUACUAAAAAUAUAAAAAAUUAGCCGGGCGUGGUGGCGGGCGCCUAUAUUGCCAGCUACUCGGGAGGCUGAGGCAGGAGAAUGGCGUGAACCUGGGAGGUGGAGCUUGCAGUGAGCGGAGAUCGCGCCACUGCACUCCAGCCUGGGCGACAGAGCAAGACUCCGUCUCAAAAAAAAAAAGAAAAAAAGAAAAAAAAAGAUACUUCUCCAAAGUGUUCUCAUGUGGCCUCACCCAGGUCUUGUGGAUUAUUUGGUAAUUAAUUUAUGGAUCUUAAAAACUGCAGUAUUCCCCCAUUUUCUGAUGAGAGUGUGGGGCUGGCAGGGGUUGAUUGCAGGGAGGAGAGAAGACAGGAGCACUUAAGGUGCAAAGCAGCCUAUUUUUUCUUCAAUAAAAAUUGUUAAGAGAAGUGUGUGUGUCAUCUGCAGCACAGCUGUGGGAGGAGUGAGAGGGGUCUUGUUUACACAGUCACCAGCCCUGGCUGACUAGAGCAGAAGAGGGAUUUGCUGGCAGAAUAUCAGUCAACCCUGCCAAUGUCUAGUUAGUCUGGAGAACCUGGCUUGAAAACAGGAGGGACCAGGGGAAUACUGCGCUUUCAACUCCACUGUGACCAAUAUUUCCUAACUGUUCCAGUGACUGUGUCACAGCCACAAAGGCCUAGGUCUGAUUGGCUGAGUCCGGAUUCUGUAGCUGGUUUCUAGCCAACAUCCCAGCUUCAGUAGAGAAGUAGGAGUCCUGUCUCCUUUCAAGACUCAAGCUACUGAAAUGGGCUCAGAUGCUGUGCUGCCUAAAUGCCCUGACAAAUAUUCAGAAUACUUGGACAUCUGGGGACAUUCAUUCCAAGACCCAGAAAGCACUUUCUUCUUCCAGUUAUGUUAUCAACACUGUUUAUCCUCCUCUCCUUCAGAGAUACCACUGGGUCAGCCAGGCCUGAGGCGGGCAGUCGAGGGUGGGAGCUGAAGGUGAGGGGUGGGAGACCUCAAGACCCUCCAUGCUGGGACUAAGGACCUGGAGACAUAGCAGUGGUUGUAAUCUGAGGGUGGGCCAUGGUUGGGCGUGGGAAGUUGGGGGCUGGAGUGGUAUGACACAUAGGACUCCUCAACUUGUGCAUCCACCCCAUGUAUAUAGAAUCAAAGUUAGGUUCUCAGAUAUACAUGUUGAAAUCUGCUUCAGCCUUUGUAGCUGCAAAUGCUGGGGCCAACAACAUUGUUCCACAAAUAUUCAGUGUAUUUUUGGAAGUUGGGCGCAUUAAAAGGCAUGUUUAUGUGCAUUUAUAGCCAACUGACCCCCAAGUGAGAAAUCUGUGCUCCUGGGCUUGUUUUCUGAUGCGUAUUGUCACCAAGUGCAACUGGUUGGGAAUUUUAAAUGGUUGUAUUCAUACCAAAAGCGUUUGUUAUAACAGUUGUGCUAUUGAGCACAGAACAAUGCUCACAUUAUGCCUUUUUAUAAAAAACAUAUGGGGCUCCUGCUGAGGCCUUUGCGGGUUCUAACAUUAUGCUUUGCUUUGCCCCUUUGAACACAGUGGGCAGGGCCUCUGCUCCACGGUCUUCAGCCUAGUAAACACACCCAGAGACAUGUUCUGGAUGGAAGCUACUAAUUUCUGCGUUUUGCCCUGUAUGGACCCUACUGCAUUAUUCCGUUGUGGUAUUCUUAGAAACACAGCUACUUGGGAGGCUGAGGUGGGAGGAUCACUUGAGUCUGGGAGGUGAAGGUUGCAGUCAGCCGAGACCGCGCCAAUACACUCCACCACUUCAGCCUGGGUGACAGAGGGAGACCCCUGUCUCAAAACAAAACAAAACAAAAAACAACAAAAAACAA